UUAUCGAUAGUCAAGAGCGCCACAACUAUCGAUAUACUGCAUUUCGAGAUUUAAAUAGCGAUCGAAUCGCUCGUUCGAAUUUCGAACAUUUCUCAAUGAUUUUUCAAUUGUAGGCUGACGCGAUUGACUUUUACGUGUGAAAAUAGGAAUAAGUUUGAAAGGAAAAAUGCCAAAAAGGAUGUGUGAAUUCGACGACGAUUUAGCCCCGCAGUCGAAAGUUCACGUAGGGCAAAGGGAAGUCGACAAUGGAGUGCAAAGAGAAACUCAGAUGAAACAAGUCUAUGGAGCCAAGGAAUUAUCGCAGAAAAUGAAUAAAUCUAUCGACUUGGACCUGACAGAUCCUGUCCCAUCAUCAAUUGUGCCAGAAGCUAAACCAACCCCGCAGCAAAACUUUAAACAGAUGUUUCUCAACAAUAAAUUACAACUAGAGUCUAAGGGCGAAUGUGUAAAGACCGUCCCAAUCGGCCUCUGUGGCUGCUGUCGAGUCAUCGAUGAUUACGGAUCGCACAACUGUUACUACUGCGAAAAAGUGUUAUGCUCCUCUUGUCUAGCCCAGUGCGUGAAAUGCUUGGAAAGCUUUUGUCACAAUUGCUCAAUAAUUGCAUAUGACACCCGAGAGUACAACAUCUGCUUGAGCUGCUAUCAAUGAUCCAGCAUCAUAAAGCUUGUGAAAAAAUGCACUUAUUUGAAAUUCUUGUCAGUGUUAAUUCUAAUUAUUUAUGAUGAAUUAUUGUUUUGUACGUAUUUUAAUGGUUUUGUAUAUUUGUACAUAAAGUUUGAAUGACGUUUUUAAUAAGUGUAAACCACUAUUCAACAAAAUGUUAUCAUGUUAAAUAUAAUG